AUGUCUAGUACCAAAAUAGAUCUCAAAUUCAGUGACUUGGCUGAUGAAAGACUGUAUUUCAAGAAAUAUUCCCAACUUCCACCAAAGGAGAGCACCACAAUUAGAUUUAUUGAUCACAACAACCAUGACUAUUUUACUGCCCUUGGGUCUGAUGCCGAUUUGAUUGCAGAGAAAAUCUACAGAACACAGUCUGUCAUUAAACACCACAACCAGACAAAGUAUGUGACUAUUUCCCCACAAAACUUUAAGGAGCUGUUGAAUUAUUGUUUGCAAAAUCAUUUUAAAGUCGAAGUUUAUCAUAGCAAAACUUUCCAGUUGAUCUCGUCUGGUACCGCAGGAAACUUGGAUAGUCUUUCUGAAGAAUUCGAUAUUGAUUUUGAUUUUAGAGAUGGGUCCAGCUCAUCUAUUGCUGCUAUUAAGCUUGGAAACAAAGUCGGUGUUUGUGUUAUUGCUGAUUCCAUUGUGCACUUGUCUGAAUUCGAGGACAACGAAUUGUACUCAAACUUGGAAAGUUUGUUGAUUCAAUUAGGGGUCAAGGAAGUUGUCAUCCCGGCUAACGUCGACAACAAAAAGUUUUUCCAAAUGUUAGAGAAAUUAAACGAUUUAGUGGUUAGUGCAGCCAAAUCAUUCCCCAAGGACAACGAGCAGGAUAUAAGUAAAUUAUUGGAUACUGAGAAUUUAGAGCUUUCUUUAGCUGCAAAAGGUAUAAACUCACUUGACUAUGCAUUGGCUUUGUCAUGCUGCGGUGCUUUGAUUGACUACUUGGAUUUGUUGAACGGUGACAAAACUUUUGAAAUAAACAAGUACAACUUGUCGACAUUUAUGAAAUUGGAUUCCUCCACUAUGAAAGCGUUGAACAUUUUACCAAAUGGAACACAAAAGGCUAUUACGUCUAUAUUUGAGUUGUUCAAAUGCAAGACUUUAGGUGGUUCUAGAUUAUUGUCACAGUGGUUGAAGCAACCCUUGAUCGACUUGUCGUUGAUCGAGGAACGUCAAGAAUUGGUAAAGGCAAUGAUUGAUGACACUAGUUUGAGGGUUGAAAUCCAGGAGUUCUUGUCAAAGGUGCCAGACAUUAAUCGAUUGCUCAAAAAAAUCGGUCUUGGUGUUAAACGGUCGGGUGCUGAGAACAAAAAAUUGAACGAAGUGGUCAAUUUGUACCAGUUGGUGCUGUUGCUUCCCAAUUUGACUGAAAUCCUAACCAUCGACUACUAUGCGAAACCCCUCAAAAAGGACGAACAAGCUUUGUCAAAGUUUUGCGAAUUAGUCGAAACCACUAUUGACCUUGAUACCCUGUUUGACAAAGACUACAAAAUAAAGCCCGACUUCGACCCAUCCUUGUCGGAAAUUUCCAAUAACAUGGAAUCAGCAUUCAAGGCCAUCAACGACCUUUACUUAGAAGCUGGUGAUGAUUUGAAUCUCGACACAGCAAGUAACAAAUUAAAGUUGGAGCAACAUCAAACCCAUGGAUGGUGCAUGAGAGUAACUAGAAACGAUUCAAGAGUGUUAAGAGGUAAAAGCCAAUAUAAGGAACUCCAAACAGUAAAGUCCGGUGUUUUCUUUACCACCAUCGAAAUGAAGAGACUUUCACAAGAGUACACCAAGGCUUACGACGAGUACAACGUCAAGCAAUCCGAAGUUAUCAAAGAAAUCUUGUCGCUUACAUUGACAUAUGAACCAGUACUCCAAUCCCUUUCUUCAACUUUGGCACACUUGGAUGUCAUUACCUGUUUUGCUACUACUGCAAUGCUCAACUCAUACACCCAACCCAAAUUGUUUCCCUUUGAGUCUAGCCGCAAGAUCAAUUUAAUAGAGUCGAGACACCCCCUCCUUGAGGUGCAAGAUGAUAUAAACUUUAUUUCCAACGACGUAAAAAUGGACGACAAACACUUUGCCAUUAUUACAGGUCCAAACAUGGGAGGUAAAUCCACCUAUAUUAGACAAAUCGGUACCAUUGCUUUGAUGGCACAGGUAGGGUCAUUUAUACCUGCCAAUGACGGUGCAGAAUUACCAAUUUUCGAUGCUAUAUUAUCACGUGUGGGUGCUGGUGACUCGCAAUUAAAAGGUUUGUCCACAUUUAUGAUUGAAAUGUUAGAGACUUCGUCGAUUUUGGCUACUGCAACUGCCAACUCAUUGAUUAUAAUUGACGAGUUGGGUAGAGGAACAUCUACUUACGACGGAUUCGGUCUAGCAUGGGCAAUAUCUGAAGAAUUGAUCAAAAGAAAGUGUUUUGCAGUGUUUGCCACCCAUUUCCAUGAAUUGAGCCAGUUGUCAGAAAAGUAUGAUGGAGUUGAAAAUUUGAAUUUAAUGGCAGAACAGACGAACGAAGAUAUAACCUUGAUUUAUAAGGUUGGGCCAGGUAUUUCAAAUACAUCUUUUGGUAUUUCUGUCGCAGAAAAGUUACAUAUGCCAGAGAAGAUUGUCAAUAUGGCUAAAAGAAAAGUCGAAGAAUUAAGCGAAGAGCCACCAAUUAAAAAGCAAUGUUCUGAAACUGAAGUCAGAGAGGGUAUGAGCAGAUUACGAGAAAUUCUAAAAGAAUGGAGAAACAACCCAGAAAUCAAUAUUGCUGACUCCUUGGCUAAAGAGCCUAACAAGUUUAUAAAUUAUAUAGUUGACACUUUAUAG